UACAUAUAGUUUUAAUAUUUGAAACCAUACAGUUUUCUGCAUUUUUAAUAAUUCAUCAGGGUCCUUUAUAAGAUAAUCUAGAAGCUGGAAGGAAAAGUGUCAGGAUCUCUGCUAUUAAAACAUAAUACAUGUAUAUAAUCACAAAUCAUGCUCGGUUCUCUGUUUCUGAUGUGGUCUGUCAAUCAACAAUAAAUGCCUGUCAGACUAACACUGAAUCUGAUCAAUAAGGGAUACAGGAAUGAUCUUCAGAUACAGCACUAAUUCUUCUGGUGGCACUGGUAGGUGACAGUAUCAAUAUGUUUUUUUGGAAUGAGCUCCACAUAGCUAUUGAUCCCCCACCUAGCGGGGUCGGACUUGAACAUUCAGCGGCCGUGACAGGGACACGAAAUUGUCUGGCAGUGUUUAUGUAUAUACGAAAGAAUUACCGCACAGAGUGGGAGAGAUGUUCUUCUCUGAUAAUCAAUAUGUGUACUGUAUGUCACACCACUGGGUCUUUGUUUUCCUCCCAAACCUGCCUGAUAGAAAUAAAGAACUGAUAUUAUAUGUUGUCUCAGAUCAGAUGUGUAACUGCCUAACUGUCAUUGAUGGCAAAACACAGGGAUCGAGUACUCCGCUUUUUCAAGUUAUAUCAUUGGCCAUUGGAGAAACAGAGAGAGAUGUAUAUAUGAAAUUUUACAUCAAUUUUUGAGUUAAUGUCUGAAGAUCUUAAAUCUUCUUGGUACCAAAUACCGGGUAAAAGGGAAAAAUUCAAUACAUCUAGAUCUAUCUCAAAUAGCUAUUAAUCUAGAAAUUACAAGAAAAAGAAAGAGGGCUAUAUAAUCCCCUUUCUUAUUAUACUUUAAAGAAAAAAAUUGUGUAAGAAGGUAAUUCAAUUUUUAGGCAUUAAAAUGUCAAAUAUUAGUUGAUUAAAAUGGGCUUAUUCGAAAAUUUUAAGAAUUCAUGAACUUCUAGGUCCUACAUCCCUUGAGCCCACAUCAAGGCUUUGCUUUGGAUCAAUUUGGAGUCUUAAGGCAACUGUUAGUCCUAGGCCUCCUGCUUAAUUAUAUGACACAUCAAACUUAUGUACCCGGUAGGACUAUGCUGGGCCACUGCAAAUGUUGACAACUUCCAUUUUCCAAUGAUUUUGUAAAGCAGUAUAAGAACUCCCCCUUGGUUCUUCUUUUGUCUGAACAAAAGAAGAGAGAACUGUUUGUGAUUACUUUGUUUUUACACUAACAUUGAUCUUCGGAGUUUCAAUACUCUGUAGAGAAAUCCUCUGUCUUUUGACAUCAGUUAUUUGCUAAAGUCAUCAACUGUCCAAAUUAUGGUUGAAGAAAUAAAAUUAAUUCAAAUUUGAAGUAAAAACUAAAACUCUUCUCCGAAGCCUCAUCUCCAUUGAUUUCAUCUCUCUUUUCCCCACCAAAAUGAUUCCAAAUCGUAUUUUAAUUGAAUGGGAGGGAAAAAAAUGAAGUGCAAAGACAAAUCUGUUAUUGAGGCUGCAUGGACCACUUGACAGCAUUAUGAAUUCCCCAGUGUCAUGGCUGAUUUCAAAGAGGCCAGAUCAAGGUAGGAUUCUGUCACUAGACAUGUAUGAGUCAUCUUCUACGAGCAGGAGAGGAAUCAGAUUGAAGCCUCUCCACACUCCGGUGCUUGUUAACACCACAGUCCGGAUUUUAUAAGAUACUUACCUCGAUUUGUGGUUCAUCAUGUUGGAGAAUUUUUUUUCAUUCAGCUGGUUCGUGUUUCAUUCAGAAAUGUGGACAUGUUUUAACCAAGCGUGGAAUUGUUAUGUUCAUGGGAAGAAUAUCGAUAAUGAAAACCAACUGCUUGAGGAUAUAAGUCCGACCACCAAGUCAGUCCGCGACUCCAAAACACUCCUCACGGAAAUGAGGGCUCAGAACUUUGAUGUCAUCAGGUUUGCCACCUAUCGAACAGCUUGUAAAUUGAGAUUCAUUCAGAAAAAAACCAACUUAUCCCUGGUCGACAUUUGGAACAUCAUCGAGUCUUUCAGAGAGAAUGGACUGAACACAUUGGAGCCAGACUCCGAGUUGAACUCAUCUCGCGUGGAGGCCAUCAUCUCUAGCCUGUUCUGUAACCUCAAUAAACGUCUUCCAUCCACACAGCAAGUCCAUGCCGACCAAUGUGUGAACAUGUUACAACACUGGAUUAUAUCAGCCUAUGACAGAGAAGGUUAUGGCAGAAUGAGUGUGUUUUCCCUGAAGGUGGCCCUUUCUCACAUGUGCUCAGGGAAACUGAUGGACAAGCUGAGAUACAUCUUCACACAGAUCUCGGACUCGAGUGGUCACAUGAUCUGGUCUCGAUUUGAGGACUACCUCCACGCCCUCCUUGCCCUCCCUGCCGCUGUGUUUGAGGGACCUUCCUUUGGAUACAAUGAAACCGCCCCCAAAAGCUGCUUUGACAAAAAUGCUCCGGUCAAUGUGAACGACUUUCUGAAUGUGAUGAUGGCGGACCCUGGACCACAGUGUCUGAUGUGGUUCCCUAUACUCAGCAGGAUGCCACAGGUCGAAAAUGUGUUUCAUCCGGUGCAGUGUGAGGGAUGUAACCGGGAAUCCUUUAUGGGAUUCCGUUACAAGUGUCAGCGGUGCUGUAACUACCAACUGUGCCAAGACUGCUUCUGGCGGGGCCGCGCCUCCAGUAACCAUAGCAACGACCAUCCCAUGAAGGAGUUCACUGUCUAUAAAUCUCCUGCAAAGCAGAUUGGACAUAACCUGAAGAAGACGUUUAAAUGUGUGCCAAACAAAUCAACGCAAUCCAAGCUCCCACAAUUCCCUGAUACACCAGAAAAAACGAUUGACCUCUCCUAUAUCAUAAAUCUCCCCUUUGAAGAUGUCAUGUCAUUACUUAAACCUCCUACUCCACUUCACCAUAACCAGCCUCGAAAUGGUUUCCAUGACAACCUCAUCAACCAGACCAUCAAUUCCUUGCAGCUGGAAGGGGAAAUGGUGCAGAAAAGCCCUAGAAGGAUCACAGCAAGUGUGGAGUCGAUUCAGGUGGAUGACGAGCACCGGCUGAUUGCCCGCUACGCAGCGAGACUGGCGGCAGACGCGGAAAACACAUCUGCAUUGUGGAAAUUAAGAUCUGCAAAAAGAAAGGCUAGAAGUCCAACAGAGCUAAACUUCAGCUUAGAUACUAACAAAGCCCAGAGAGAGCUAAUAUCCCAGCUAGAGGCCAAAAACAGGGAGAUCAUGAGAGAAAUCCACAGACUCCGAUCGGAACAAGAGGCACACGCUCGCAGUACAGAGAGUGCUGAGUAUAACCCGACCUUGCUGGCUGAACUCCGGCAACUCAGGCAGCGAAAAGAUGAGCUGGAGUCCAGAAUGUCGGCGCUACAGGAUAGCAGAAAGGAACUUAUGGUGCAGCUCGAGGGGCUCAUGAAACUGCUGAAGACACACCCCACUUCCCCUCGAGCCGUCCCCACAGAGAGCGUCUCCCACCCCCAGAACCUGUCCCAGUCUCUCCCUGACAGGUACCCCGCCCCCAGCAUCCCCACCACCCCUGCCAUGGAAUCCUCAAUGCUGGCCGGCCUUGGGGGUGAGGUUCGGCAGGCGUUCUAUAACCCCCGCCCCGGGGUGGAGAAUGUCAGGCUGAUCAGACAGGACCUGAUGUGUGCGGCCGACUCUGUGACCAGUGCCAUGUCUUCCCUUGUUAAGGAAUUCAACUCAGAGGCAAGUAGCAGUGAUGAAGAUGAAGACAACAUCACAAGACAAGAAGCCAACUUGGAGCUGGCGGAUGUAUCAGCUGUUGAAUCUCAGGAUGAUGUGGACAGCUGGCAUGAUGAAAUUCUCCAUCGCCUUGAUCAGGACCAGGACUUUCUAUCCCAGCUCAAGGCACGCCGACACAGGAACAGUAACCAAAGUGAUAGUGAAACUGAAAGCUCCCUGCCUCCAUCUUAUGGGACAGUAACAGACGGAGCCCUGCCUUACUCCUCGGUCACCAAUAACAACAGGGAAGGGACGGAAGAUGGCGACUCGUUCAUAACGACUGACGACAAGACGGAGGACGACGAUGCCGAGCUCUACGACAAUCACCCAAAGGAGCUCCCUAACAGAAUGACGUCCAGUACUCACACCACGGACGACGAGAGUUAUCUCCAGUCCGACGCGGACUCCUACAUCCGCACGGACGACGAAGAGAGCAGCAACACGGACUGGGAGGAGUCAAUGAAGAGAUGGGUCAACCGAUAGGUCAAAGGUCAGGUCACACGAAAGAGAGGCCAGAGGUCAAACCUGUAUAUUGAACAUGCAGGGGUUGUGCAAUUUGUUACCACAGAGAGAUUUAUAGGAAUUUCUAGUGAUGGGAACUUUUAUUCCUAGAUGGACUGAAGCGUGGGCAUUGAGCAGAAUGUUAUACAAGCAUCCUUAUCUAAUUCAGCAGAAUAGGUUGACAUUACAAAUUGUGAUAUUAGACUUUAGUGCUGAUGGACACUAAUUGUCCCUUCCUGGGAUUCAGAACUGAGAGAGAAUGUCUAUAUUUUCAUGUAAACAAUGUGUGGAUAUUUUAGUUGUAAAAUGCUGCUUAAAUUUAAUAGUACCACUAUCUCUAGUCAAUAAGGAUACAUCCAGGGCAGUUAUCCGAAAUUGUGCUAUAAUGAAUAUAUGCCUGGUAGUUUGUGUAAGCAUAUUGUUUUGAAAAUUGUGUGCAAUAGAUUAACAGAUUUUUUGUUGAUUCGGCAGCAUUCAUCAAUGUUUCAUUAGAUCUGUUGAUGUACCAAAUUUAAAGGAUGCUGAAAAUUUGAUUUAAAAUGAGCUUUAAUGAAGUCUAAGUAUAGGUCACUAAAAUCUGUCACUUUCUGUUCUGUAUACUUGAAUUAUGGAAUUCUGGCUCUAUAUUUUUAAAACCAUAAGGCCAAUCCCACAUACAAUUAAUGACUGGGCAAAGUUACAUUGUACAUCAUUUCAUUAUUCAUUAUUACAUUAUUAUAUUAAUUUUCUUCCCACCAAUUAAGAAGUGAGGCGCUUCAGAUUUUGGAAGUAUGAAAUCAAAGAUUAUUUUAACAAAACUUACUGCUGUAUUGUUCAUAAAUUUGUUAGUUCUCACACAACUGUUGAAAUUUCCAUUCUCAAAAGUGUAAAGGAUUCAUUCAGAAUAAGGUAUGCAUUAUUCAUGGGAAAGAAAAAGUUAAUGAGUUGACCAAGUCAUUCUGACAUGGAGCUGUAAGGAAUGUCAAAGCUGUACCUUAAUAGUACUUGUACUGAUGUACUCUCAUCCAGGCAUUUCAGAGCUGGGUCAGACGAAAUUACAGGAGAGCAUUAACAAUGCAAUAAUUGGUUGUAAUCCCAAAACUAUUGUCUAUCAAUACAAUGCAUGUAUCAAAAUUAAACUGGUGGGUUGUUAAUCCUGUAAUACUAUUCAUCAGAUUAAUAACUUUUAUUUAAGUAAGAAUAUUAUAUUUCUUAAUUCUAUUCAUGUAUAUGUAUCAUUUCAUUUUGUAAAGUCUUUUGUGCUUCUGUAUUUCUUAAAUAUCCAUCUUAACUAUCUACAAAAUGAAGUAAUCCUUAUUUUUACAUGUACAUACAUGUAUAUAUAUAGACAUGUAUAGUGAAGAAGGUGAUUUGACCUAAUAUUUAUUCCAUAUCUGUCCUACUUACCAGAAUAUGACUUUAUCUACAACAGAAAUCAGUCCCCCUAUUUUACUACCCCUCUAGUCCAGACUUAUCUCUACCUCUUCAUCACUCUCAGUAUUUAUAACUCCUGUCAAUCAAGAAUUUUUCUCCUGAUUUUUUAGCUCACCUAAUUUGUCACCAGCCAUUGGCAUUCAUAUGGUCACACAUUGAAAAAGGAGGUUUUUCCUUGUUUUCUUUGGUGUCUGUGAGAUAGCACUUUUUUCUAUCAAUAUUGAGAAUUCUAAAGAGACCAAUCUUACUUGGAGGAACAGAGUAGCUUAUUACGUAAACUGUUUUAUUUAAUAUUAACUUAUUUAGUUUGUAUCAUUUUAUAAAUGUUUUGUAUUUUGUUUUAAAAAUUUUCUUUCUAGAAUUUUAUCAUAGACUAGUGUGUCAUUAUUUGCAGAACAUUUAACAAUUAUCACCUUAUCAUCCCCAAAGCCUUUAUUCAAGUGUUCUUCAGUAAUCUGUUUGACCUGAUAAUGUUUUAUUGUGUUCAUUUGUAUGUGUUUACUGUACAAGUUGAUUAUAUAUUCAACCUGUCUUCUAAAACAUUGGAAAUCAUUCUCUUUGGAAUUAGGUCAGAGAUGAUCUUUUGAUUAUCCAAUGAAAUUUGGUGUUGCUAUUAAUUCUUUGCUACUUGUUUGGUCUAUGAGGUGUUUUUCUCUACAUCUGAUUAAAAUAAAAAAUCAGGCGAACUUCACCCAACAACAUUUAACAUAAAUGAAGAAUGAUUAAGAUGUUUUAAGUUAAACAAUCUUAUCAGAUAUUACCAACAGAAUGUUUAAUAGCUUUAUUAGAAGUCAUUAUCAGAAAAGUUUAACAGCCCUCUAAUACAAAGCUUACUGUGGAAUCAUUAAAAUUCGUGGGGGGUGUUAAUUCGUGAAUGAGAGGUACCCACGAAUUCCAUGAAAAUUGAGCCACCACGAAAUCUAAUGAUUCCACAGUAUCUUAAAAGUAUCUGUUUUAUGAAAUUCAGUGGUUGAAAGUCAUUGAUGUAUGGCUUAAAACAGGUUUGUUUAGAUUUUUAUGAAAUAGUAGCAGUCCAUUAAUUUUACAAAUCUUAUUGAUUACUGUAGUUAGAUUGAUUUGUAAUAUGCCAUAUCAUAAAAUCUGGCACAGGUUGUGUACCUUAGUUAUGUUAUUGCUGGGUUAUGUCACAACUUUACAUUUUGAUUUUUAUCCAAUUUACCUGGUAAAUAAAUUUUAUUUUGAGGGUGAAGAAUACAAAUGUGAUAAUAGUUUAGAGGUUGUAAUUUGUAAUACAGAGGCUGUGGAUAUGACAAUGGUGAUAUCAUGAUAAUGCUUUGAUAUUGUAAUAUAUGUAAUAUAAAAUGAUUGCAUUACACUGGUUUUACAAUAUGUAAAAUUAUUGUUAUUAGCCUAGUCCAAUGGUUUUAUGGUACAUGUAUUUUGUAACACAUAGUGGAUACCAAUUCUAGUAUGAUUACAUUUCAGUAAUUGUAAUUUGAAUGUAAUUUGUAAUACAUGUAUUUUGUAUUGCAGUGUUGAUAUUUGUAUUAGUAAUACAUCUAUAAGGUGAUUAUGCCAGUUAUAGAUUUAUAUAUGUACUCUUGGCCACUGAGAUUUUUUGUUAACAUGGAAACCAGUUGUUACUUGUUUUGUUUUUUUAUAUCAAGUUCAAAUCUGACAUCAGCGAUUUCAUGUUUCUUACAUAAAAUCAAAUAAACCUAGAAAAGAGA